AUGUCUAAGCUCUCGCCCGCUCUCAAGCAAUUGAUCAAUGCGCCGUUUGCGCGUCCUGGCGCUCUGCCUGCACCCCAAGGCAUCAAGGCGUUUUACCAGAACUUGGCCAAGGAUGCUAAGGAUAGAGGUGUUGGUCAGCCUGCGUGGGUGUCAAUGGCUGUAUGUUGUACCCAAUCUUCAAAGCGGAGGUAUAGCAAGACUGACGAAUUGGGAACGACAGNNACAGCAACGACCAUGACGAUGAACUCGCCCGACUCGCUGGUUGAGCUGUACCAUGCAGCUGGUUCUGACAACGACCCGGUGCAUACUGCAGAACUGAUGAGAGAGGUUGGAUUAAAGUGCAUUGGUUUCAAUGGCGUAANNGUCCCUCGUACCAUCAACAUGCUCAACGCCUUCCGCGACUCCCUCCCUUCAGACGUAAUAUCCUCCCUCUCCACAACACCCACCCGCAUCCCCUCGCCCGCAAACAUCACCUCCAUGUCCGCCCGCGGCUCCUCGCUCUGGAAAUCCAUCUACGACCCUUUCGACAAGAAACUCUACGACAAACUCGCUUCCUCACACCCAGACCUGCCCGUCCACAUCCUGCACUCUGAAUACGGUGCUCUGUUUGCAGACCCUGAAGAUAAAGUUACAGGCAAGGUGGGAAGAGUGUUGACGAGUAUUGUUGCGGUUAGUUGUUUGAGGACGCAGACGGGGGUGGGCCCGCAGGUGUUGAGUCAUGUGUUUGGAUUGAGGAAGGCGUUUAAAGAUGGCACUGCGGAAAAGGAUGUGCAGGGUGGUGAGUGGUUGGCUGGUGAUGAGGGCAGUGUUUGGUUGUUGGAGAGUGUGGAUAGACUUGUGGAGGCUUUGGNNAGUGGAGGUAAGGGGUCAUCAUAUGCGCCUGGUCUCAAAGCAAAGCUCUAA